AUGACAGCGCUUCAGAAGAGUGGUCCUGGUUCGAAUGACCCCAGCCUCGCUGUGGACGGUAACACAAGCACGUGCUCAAGAACGAAGGCCAACUCUUCCGAUAACGGCUCGUCCCUGUACAACUGGCAGAUCCUGGUAGGAAACUCGCCUGGGCUUCUCUCCAUGCACCGAUGUACAGUCCUCAAGGUACACGGACAUCGUCUCACGUCCGUGUGUGACGGGACGCCGGACAGACAGAUACGGACACGCUAUGUAGUUGUUCUCAACACCCACGCACCUGUAGUUGUAUGUGAAUUCAAAAUUCUGACCUGUGCCCAGUUCCGGUUCGGCGAGGAUUGCGAACAAUCUUGUUUAUGCCAUGAUCUUGAGGAGGAAUGUGACCUUAUGGACGGAAGCUGUCGGUCCGGAUGUCGGGACGGCCGUUGGGGACAGGGUUGCCAGCUCGAAUGUGUGGAAUCGUAUGGCCCCGGAUGUAUGUACCAGUGUGGCCACUGUGCAAACAUGACGUCAUGUGACCCCGUGACAGGGAUGUGUUUGACCUCUGACUGUGACCCCGGAUGGCGGGGACCCAAGUGUGAUAUACAGUGUCAGCCUGGCUAUUAUGGUUUAGACUGUACGUCCAUCUGUGGUCAUUGUCGUCACGGCGUGACAUGUGACCCCCGGGACGGAAGGUGUGACGGAGGGUGUGCCCCGGGAUGGGCGGGAGACCAGUGUGACCAACGUUGCCAGGCCGAUCGACACGGGGAGAACUGUUUGUUUGCCUGUGGGGCGUGUCGAAAUAGAUGUGACCCUGUGACGGGACUCUGUCCUUCAGGCUGCGCCCCGGGGUGGCAAGGAAGGUUUUGUACUAUCGAGUGUCUACCUGGGACAUACGGCCCGGACUGUGAGGCGAAGUGUCCGCAAUGCUGGGAAUUGGUGUGUGACAAAGAGACUGGGGAGUGUCAACAGGGAUGUCAGCAGGGCCUAAGGGGACAGCACUGUAAUUCGUCCUGUCCCGUUGGUUCGUACGGUAGAGAGUGUGCCGGGAGGUGUGGUCGGUGCCUAGCACAAGAGGUAUGUUCCGUGACGGACGGUGCUUGUCCUGGAGGCUGUGAACCAGGUUACAACGGAACCCAGUGUCACAAUGUAUGUGAUCCGGGCUACUAUGGCGAGGGAUGUAUGGCAUGCGGAUUCUGUACAGCACAGUUACCUUGCGAUUUACUUACCGGGAAAUGUCCGGCUGGAUGUGUUAUGGGUUUCGAUGGUGACCGGUGUGACACAGCAAAGGCGUUCGUGGAAUCCUCAAACAACUAUCUAGAUUACGUGUUACCCCUCAACUUUAUUCUGGUCGGGGGUGUGCUCACGUUCGUCUUCGCAUGUCUUAUAGUCAAGUCCAGACGGGAGGAACUCUACCCGUACUCACACACCAGGCUACCCGAGUGA